AAUGCAACAACGUGUGAUAAGCUCAGUCGCCUUCGAAAAGUAGACUAAUUCACAUUGACGUUAUUAGCCCUCCUAAAAAUGACUGCCAAACAAAGUGAUAUCCACAAUGCAUGGCGUUGGUGUUUAAUUGUGGUGUUAUUAGUAAUUAUUGGUGGAGAAAUUCUGCACUGUGAAGCAUCUUUUAUCUUUCCUGAUGAUUGGGAAGAAAUGAAAUUGAAAUUUGAUUCAAAAAUUCAGGAACCUAGUACAAGUGAUACCAGUUUGGUUGACGCAAGUGUUGGUCCCGUUGUCCCUUUGGAAGAACCUGAUAUGUCCGAAGAUAACGCAGAGAAAAUUCUUGAUGAGAUCGGUUUUAACUCUACUGCCGAUGACACUGACGAUAUAGGACUACAGUUUUUCGCUGGUUCAAAUACCAGGAUAUUGCGCUAUCAACAGCAAAACGGACUGGAAGAAACAGGAGAGCUUGAUCGAGAAACUAAAAUAUCGCUCCAAAGUCCCAAGUGUGGCAUGAGCAACGUAGCUGCUCACGGAGAGGACUACAAGUGGAACUCAUCAUCUCUGACAUAUUACGUUAGAAAUAUUCCAUGGGGAAUCCCCACCUAUACAGUUAAACAAAUUUUACGCAAUGCUUUCGACCAGUGGAGUAAGGUGACGAACCUUGAAUUUGUAGAGUCUAAUAACCCGGCAGCUGAUAUAGAGAUUUUGUUUGGCGGACGAAAACAUAAUAAGAGAGCAGGCAAAUGUAAAGAUAUUCUAGGAGACACCGCAUUGGCACACGCGUAUUACCCACAAACCGGAGCAAUACACUUCAACACUAAAUUCUUAACCGGAACCUCGGACAAAGAUAAGUUCCUCACCAAUGCAAUGCAUGAAAUCGGUCAUGCAAUCGGACUGGAUCAUUCCGUCUCGAGAGCUUCACUAAUGUAUCCUACACUGGUGACACACUUUUCCGAAGUACCGCAGCAGGACGUUGAGAAAAUUCAAUUGAAGUAUGGCAAACGCCAGAAAUUGAAAACUACCGAGAUUCCAACUUUCUGUGAGGUACCAAAGUACGAUGCAGUGCUGUAUCAUCAGAACAAAUUAGUCAUAAUAGCAGGGAAGUACUGCUACAAAAAGUUCAAGCCUGGAUCUCAGCCAACUUUACUCAGCAAGAUGUGGCCAGGUGCUCCUGGCACGGUGGACGCCGCAGAAACCAUUGGCCUUCAUAUCUACUUAUUCAAAGGUGAUCAAGUGUGGGAUUUCAAGGAUGCCCGGUUACAAGUAGGUUAUCCUCGAAAAAUCCAUGAAACAUUCCCAGGAUUGCCCAGGAAUUUGGAUGACGCAGUGUACGAUAAACAAAAGUACCUUUAUGCCUUCAAGAAGGAUCAUUACUGGAGAUACAAUACGGUGAACAAGAAUGUCGAUCGCUCAGACGACAUAGACGACUACGGUGUGUCCGGACCGAUCGAUGCAGCACUCAUUGAUAAUGAUAAAAAAGACUGUUUUUUCUUCAAGGAUAGGGUAAGAUAUAUAUACAAUUUUGACACUCGUAAUACGACACGAUAUGAUUCUCGGAUCUUUGACUGCUAGACGUAGACAAUAAAACAUGAUGCUCCCACUCUGGUGUUUCUUUCUAUGAGAAAAGCUCAUGAUACACAGCAAUCUUGUGACAUAACUUCCAUUUAGUUGCACAUCUGUCGCGUCCGCGUCGUAAAAGUAAUGAAUAACAAGCCACAUGAAAACUGCGCCUAUUCACUGAAGUUCUCAGGUACAUUCACCUUACAAAAGAGAAAGAGAGAAAAACGCCCACAAUAAAAAAUAGGUACAAAAUUGCUCUCACGCACAGCUUUGUGCGGGUGACCAGACUGCUGUGUAAGAGGCCACACCAUUACUCAGUGCACACGCAGAGGCUUCAGAGGAAACAGUAACAGUUUCUUCAAAAUCUAUCGCACAUUUUACACAAUCUUGCGAACACAAAAUAUGGCGUUGUGCAGCAUCUCCAGCAAAAGUCGCUAAUGUAAAACGUCCAGAUAUGCCCAGCUUGUCAUUUAAGAAAGAAUUUACUCAAAGAGUGCUCUGAUUGACUGAAUUCGUUUUAAACAUGACCAACAGCAAAAAAUUUCUGAGAAGAUUUGUUGAAUAAUGAUCACAUGAAUAGAAUGAUGUUCGAAAAGAUUUAGGGGGAAUCCAAGAAUGCUCCAGGGAAUAUUCAGAAGCGUUUCAAGCUGUUCCAAUGUUUCAGGUGACAUCAGGGAUACAUCCCUUGAAACCACCUAAACUUCCCGGGAACACCUCAGGAAUGCCCCUGAAACUUAUUGGGAUCCCUUAGUAACUUCUCUGAAACGUCAUGGAACGCCCAACAAACCUACUAAAACACCCUUGAGACCUCUGAAAGCCCCUCAUGCCCCUUAAAACCCCUAUAACGCUUUCGAAAGCAUCCAAAACACUCCUGGAAACCCAUGGACCAUGAACCUGGAACACUCCUAGGACGCUCUGAAAUAAGGCUACCUUAACCCUCUGAAUCUCUCAGGAACACCCCUGGAACACACUUGAAACCCCUUCAAAACCCCUAUAACGUUACAGAAGCCCUCUAGAACGCCUCCGGAACUUCCCUGGAACGCCCCUGAAACCCCUUGAAAUGUACGAUUGGGUAAAGUG